AGAAACCAUCCCCUCGGUCCCUUGGAAACCAGGCAAAGCUCCGUCUCGGCCUCGGGAUUUAGAUCCAUGAACUGGUCCAUCCAUGAGGAUUCUAAAUUGGAGAGCGGGUCUGCAAGGACCCUCCCAGAGGAUAUGGAAUCUAUGAAUCGGGCUGGGUCGUGGAACCCUCGGAGGAGGGAGGGGAGGGUCCAUCGCGACGAUUUGGUCAGGCCAAGCAAGUGGAAACGAUAGGUUCCCAAUUCUCCGUGCGGUUGCUACGCCCAUCUGUUCGGGAUAAAUAGACAUACAUAAUGUGAUUGCACGCGCAUAUGACAGCCCGCUGUUCCUUCUCUCCACAAUCGACGGCGUUCUUCCAGGGGUCCGUUGCUGCAGGUCCACCUCAGUCAUUCGUUAUCAUUCGCCUUCGCUUCCUUGUCCUUCGUUUCUUUUUCUGCUUAGCGAAGAGGGGGUGGUGCUCAGUGCCUGAGCCGUUCGUAUCGCAAUGAAUUCCCUCAAAUCGUCGAUCACCAGUCUCAACUGCUUUCUGGGCUUUAUAACAUGCACCACGCCCCCGGGGAUUUGGCCUAAGAACCCGACGGUUCUAACCAGCGCAUCUACUGCCUCAGCUACUCCUGUCGCUGAAGUCACCAGGCCCACCACUCCUGGUACUACUUCAGCUGUCCAUUCGUUGACUACCACGACUACUGCUUCUCUCGUUUCCUUCUUGUCCAGUACUAGCUCUGCCGCGUCCACCUUUGUGACCUCGGUGGGCUCUCCUACCACAUUCGUUGAUACCUCUGCCAGUGGGUCUGCCAGCGCCCUAAGCAGCAGCACUACCACCACUAUGUCUGUCAGUCUGAGUCUCAGUUCGAGCAUUGUGGCCUCGUCUGCUGUUCCUGCAGCGACGCCCAUCAGCAGCGGCUCCAUUGCCGCCGACAUCCUGGUGAUUGCACGCGACACUGCCUCAGCAGGCGUGGCAUCAUCUGGUCUCAAUGCCUAUGGCAUUCCCUUCACCACUCUGAUUGUGCCCCAGUCCGGCACGAGCCUUCCGGCCCUGAACGGCACGGAGGGUGGCAACUUCGGCGGUAUUGUGGUUGCCAGCGAAGUCAGCUACAACUAUGGCAAUGCCACAGGGUACCAGAGUGCCCUAACCACGGACCAAUGGAACCAGCUGUACGCCUACCAGCUGGCCUACGGGGUGCGCAUGGUGCAGUACGACGUGUAUCCGGGCCCGAGUUACGGCGCCAGCGCUGCCGGCGACGGCUGCUGUGCCACCGGGGUCGAACAGUUGAUGUCGUUCACGGACAUCAGCGACUUUCCCACGUCGGGCCUGAAGACCGGUGCGGGCGUGAGCACCACUGGCCUCUGGCACUAUCCUGCCACUGUCACCAACACCACCACCACCAAAGAAAUCGCUCGUUUUGCCGCCAACUCCGACUCGGGCAGCGAGACCACCGCUGCCGUGAUCAACAACUUCAAUGGCCGUGAGCAAAUGGCCUUCUUCAUCUCCUUCGAUACUACCUGGAGCGCCACCUCCACGUACCUGCAGCACGCAUGGAUUCCCUGGCUCACCCGCGGUCUGUACGCGGGUUACCGCCGCGUGAACCUGAACACGCAGAUCGACGACAUGUUCCUGGAAACCGACAUCUACAAGCCCAAUGGCACCACCUUCCGCAUCACCCCGGCCGACCUGGACGGCAUUGCUAACUGGCUGCCGGAAAUCAACGGCAAGAUGAACGCCGGCAGCAACUACUACGUCGAAGUCGGCCACAACGGCAACGGCAACAUUGAAGCCGCCGCCGGGGUCUCGGACGAGGGCUACACCACCUGCAACGAGGGCGGCAUCGAGUACAACUCGCCCGCCGACACUCCCCUGGAAUGGAAGAAGCCUCUGGGGACCGGCACCAACCUCUGGCCCUCCUCUCCCACCACCUACGACUGGAGCACCGCCUGCACGCAGUUCGACCCUCUCCUGCUCUGGUGGACCAACACCACCAACCAGGACAAGUUCGGUCACAUCUCCCACACCUUCACCCACGAGGAGCAAGACAAUGCCACCUACUCUGAUGUCUACAAGGAAAUCUCCUUCAACCAGGCCUGGCUGAAACAGGUCGGCAUCUCCUCCGCCAAGCACUUCACUGCCAACGGCAUCAUCCCUCCCGCCAUCACGGGCCUGCACAACGGCGACGCCCUGCGCGCCUGGUGGGAAAACGGAAUCACCAACUGCGUGGGUGAUAACACGCGCCCUGCCCUCCUGAACCAGCAGAACGACAUGUGGCCCUACUGGACCAACGAAGACUCCGACGGUUUCGCCGGUAUGCAGGUCAACCCGCGUUUCGCCACCCGCAUCUACUACAACUGCGAUACCCCGGACUGCACGCUGCAGGAGUGGAUCGACACGUCCGCUGGCUCCGGUGACUUUGACAACCUGCUCGCUACGGAGAAGGGCGAGGUCAUGCGUCACUUGUUCGGUCUGCACCAUGACCCCUACAUGUUCCAUCAGGCCAAUCUGCGUAAUGCAGAUGUGACCCCCAUCACGGUCAACGGCGUGACGGCCCAGUACUCCAUCUUCCAGGCGUGGGUGGAGACCCAGGUGCAGGAGUUUGUGCGCUUGGUUGAUUGGCCGCUUGUUACCAUCAACCAUGAAGAUAUGUCCGCCUCCUUCCUGGCCCGCUACACCCGCGACGCCUGCAACUACUCCCUGCGCUACACCAUCUCCGACCACAAGAUCACGGGCGCCACCAUCUCCGCGACAGAUAACACCUGCAAUGCUACCAUCCCCGUUACCUUCCCUGUGGCGCCGACCAACACGCAGAGCUUCACAACCGAGCAGGUUGGAAGUGAUCCGUUGACGGUGUGGGUGCAGUUGUCGGGGUCGCCGGUCAGCUUCACGCUGUCGACGCCGAUUGCGCUGUAAGAGAGGGCGGGAGUUUCUAGAUGUUCAUAAAAUGUGUAAUGGAUAUAUUAGAUACUAGUCAGUGACUACGUGGGUAUGAUUAUUUUGAGUCUGAAUAUAUUAGUUAGUUUAGUUAGUGAGAUGGGAUGAAUACGGCUAUGACAUAAAUAUAACAAAAUAAAUGGG